AUGGAGAACCACAGGCCAGACAAAGACGAUGCAAAGGAUAACCCUAUAUCAAUAACGGAGGAAUCCGGCAUUGGUACAGUGGAAUCCUUAGCAAUCGAUGCCUCCAUCGAAAAGUCCAUCGUUAGAAAAUUGGACUUCAGGCUUCUCCCCGUCCUCUCAUUGAUGUACUUCUUCAACUCGCUUGAUCGAAGCAACCUCGGAAAUGCGAAAACCGAUGGCCUCGACGAUGACCUCAACUUGAGGGGUAAUCAAUACAGUAUCAUCCUUGCGCUUUUCAAUGUCACUUUUUGCCUUUUCGAUCUCCCUUCGAAUCUGCUUCUGAAGAAGUACUCGGGGAAGAUUAUGUUGCCUUCGAUGAUGCUGGGAUGGGGAUCGAUCACACUCAUCCAAUGCUCCGUGCAUAAUUUUGCGGGUCUUCUUGUGUGUCGGGUGUUUAUGGGGAUUUUCGAGGCCGGUUUCAUGGCUGGCGUGGUCUUCUACCUCACGCAAUUUUAUAAGAGAAACGAGAUUGCCUUUCGUCUUUCCAUCUUUUAUGGGACAGUGACUAUUGCAGGAGCCUUUUCUGGUCUCAUUUCCUUCGGGGUAUUCCAGAUUAAACACCAUCUCCGAGGCUGGCAAUACCUGUUCCUUUUAGAAGGAGGCUGCACAGUCAUAAUUGCCAUUGCCGGCAUGUGGCUUCUCCCUCGCAGCGGCACUCAGUGCCACUGGUUCGACGAGAAAGAGUCACACGUCGCCCAGCUCCGCCUGCUACAAGAUGGGUCUGUGAGGACAACCGACAAGCUGAACGUCAAAGACGCUCUCAAAGCACUGAUCGAUUGGCGAAUUAUCGUCUGGGCAAUCAGCUGCUUCUGUUACGGCGUCGCCCAGACCUCCGUUAGCAAUUUCCUCCCGCAGAUGGUCCAACAGCUGGGCUACUCGACCGUCAAAACGAACCUGUACACAGUCGCCCCGUACGCGGUGGGAACCGUCGUAUUAUGGGUUCUGUGUUGGUCGUCUGACUAUUUCCGCGAGCGAUCCUUGCACCUAUCUGGUGCGCUGAUGAUCACCUUCGUCGGGUAUAUUAUUUUGAUCUGCAUCGAUGCGGAGAAGCACAGGCGAGUCGCGUACUUUGGUUGUUUCCUGUUGUGUUGCGGGGCCUUUGCGCCCACUGCUCUCUUUCACAGCUGGCAUCUGAAUAACAUCGUGGUUGAGGGCCAGCGGGCUGCCAUCACAGGGUUGAUGGCUGGAUCGGCUAAUAGUGCUGGCAUUCCGUCGAGUUUGGCGUUUGAUGACCGUACUGCACCCAAGUAUAUGCCGGCUCUGAUUGUCAACUGCGUUUUUCUCUUGACGGGUGUGGCAGUAAUCUUGUGUCUGGGGACCUGGUUUCGAUAUGACAAUCGACAGAGAAACAAACAGCAGGGUGUGAGGAUGUCUGCGGGAGAUAUUGCGACAGAGAGCCUGAUAGGAGGGUGGGAAGAUCCCAAUUGGAGAUGGACGCCGUAA